AGACCCACCACUCUGCACAUAGGAUCAGAUCUCAUAAAGGAAGAAGACAUCGUGCUGCCAAUGACGGCAAACUCCGUUUCGAGCCAGAGCCGUACAGCAAGAAACUGGAGCUGAACAGUUCAGGCAAGAUCCACUGCAAGGUCGCUGGUGGAGUGGCACCCACUGUGCAAUGGUAUUUGAACGAAGACGACCCUCUCCCAGAGGGUAUAUCGUCAUCCAACGGGACCCUAGUGGUAGUGGACGCCUCCAGACGCCAUGCUGGGAAGUACACCUGCAAGGCUGUGGAUGGGGACCAUUCCAUAGCGGCUGACAUCACUCUGGAUAUUGUUGUGUCACCACGAGUAAUCGAACCCGCGUCCGGCCAGCAAACGCACGUGUCCGUUGGGGACACAGUGGUACUGAACUGUAGAGCCACAGGAGACCCGCAUCCCACCACCCAGUGGGACAGAAACCGGACCAUGCUGAAGUUACAACAAGAAGGCGUCGAUGUUGAGGGCGGAGUAAAUGCUUCCACUGCAAGGGUGCUUCUCCUAAACAACGGGACCCUACUCAUAAAGAACGCGACGGAGCGUGAUUCGGACCGGUACGGCUGUAUAGCGGGCAACGCAGCCGGCUUGGCCAGGAAUGAAUUGGUGCUGACUGUUCACCCUGAAGGCGAACUACCACCAGCGGAAUCCACUGGGGUAGGCGGCAAAGCAGUGGUGGUCUCCAUAUCAGUAGCAGCCGCGUAUAUGCUGCUAGUCCUGGCUUUGAUGUUCUACUGCAGAAGGAGACGGCUGCAGAGGCGACAGAGAGGUCAGAUGAGUGUUAUGACGUCACUGCUUGUAGGUGUCUCCAUAUCAGUAGCAGCCGCGUAUAUGCUGCUAGUCUUGGCGCUGAUGUUCUACUGCAGAAGGAGACGGCUGCAGAGGCGACAGAGAGGCGAAAAAGAAGAAUUAGAGAUGGCAGAAGGCAGAGAGAAGUUGGUAGAAGAAGAAGAAGACAAACAGAAGAUUGGCAACGGCGCUCCCGUGCAGAACGGCCGGCUGCUACCCCACGAUAGGGAUAGCGGUGCGGACAACUCAGAAGUGUCGGGGGUGUCCCGCGCUUCAAAGAAGUCGGGACAGUACGACCAUCUUACUGUCCCGAGGGGCUUGCUGACCGAACUAGUGACGCUUGGUCGUGGAGAAUUCGGCGAGGUGUCACUAGCGAAGAUAGACGUGAACCAAGUGCGGAAGCUUCGCAAGAAAGAGGUGGAAAACGCGGAGCCGAUCAUGACUCAUGUUUUGGUGAAGGCUUUGACAGCUAAGGACGAGGUACAACUGGCCGAGUUUCGGCGGCAACUGGACUUAUUCGGCCGAAUCCGCCACGAGAACAUAGUCCGGCUCAUCGGCCUAUGCAACGAUGCCGAACCACACUAUAUGUUGCUGGAACACACUGAGUGGGGCGACCUAAAGAACUUCCUAAUCGCCACCCGGACCCCAGAAGAGUCCGAAGAGUACCUCUCCCGAGCGGGCACCGCGCACCCGCGGCCCGUGGUCUCUCGGGCCGCGCCGCCGCUGUCCGCGCAGCAUCGGGCGUUGCUUGCUGCUCAUUUGGCAGCCGCCGCCAGCCGCUUGGCUGGGAAACGUCUCACCCACAGCGUUAUUAUCAUCAUCCUCAUCACCAUUACCACCUUCAUCAUCAUCAUCAUCAUUCCUACUCCUACUAAAGACCAUCACCACCAUGAUCACGAGUCCGAAGAGUACCUCUCCCGGGCGGGCCCCGCGCACCCGCGGCCCGUGGUCUCUCGGGCCGCGCCGCCGCUGUCCGCGCAGCAUCGGACGUUGCUUGCUGCUCAUUUGGCAGCCGCCGCCAGCCGCUUGGCUGGGAAACGACUUACGCACAGGUGA